ACCAAGAAGCACCCACCCAACCACAUCAAGAGACCCAUGAACGCCUUCAUGGUCUGGUCACAGAUGGAGCGGCGGGAGAUCGUCAAGUUCGCGCCCGACACCCACAACGCCGAGAUCUCCAAGCAGCUGGGACGCCGUUGGAAGCUUCUGACGGAGGAGCAGCGGCGACCCUACCGCGACGAGGCUGAGCGACUGAAGCAGCUGCACAUGCGCGAAUACCCGGACUAUAAAUACCGGCCGCGCAAGAAGUCGAAAGACCCGCUUAAGGGAGUCUCCGAACGCUCCGGCGGGAAGGUUUCGAAGGUUCACCAGAUGAACAACAUAUGCAAGGAGUUCGCCAACAGCAUCAAGUCGAAGGAAGGUGCCGCUAGCAAGCCCCAGCUCGACCUUCACACCCUCGAGGACCACGUGAGCUGGCCGCUACCGCUAACACCCACCUCACCGCCUCGAGUCCCGACCAGCCCGGCCACCUCCGAUCUUCCAGACUCUCCAGAAAGCGCCUUCAACUUCGACGACCACUCGUUUAUCCGAACACCCAUGGUUAACUACACGCCUACGCCCACCAGUUACACUUCGGCCGCCGACGGCCAUCCUCGAUCUACGACAAACACCAGCACCUCCUUCUCCUACCACAACGCAGUUCCCGCUGCUUCACCGCCUAACGGCUCCCGAACCAGUAGUUGUGCAUACAGUGUCCCGCAAAGACAAGCGUAUCAGUCAAACUUUUAUCAGGAGCAAAAGAUGGUGCACAGUUACCUGAAGCAGGACGCCCUCAGCAAUAUUGGCUACUUGAAACGGGAACACGACUAUCAGGAACACUUACGUGUGCAACACCAACAACAGCAGCAGCUGCAAAAGUCAAAUUACCAACAGCAGCAACAAAAGUCAAACUACCAGCAGCAACAGCAAAAGCCAAACUACCAACAGCAUUCUUGUCUUUAUUCCCCAGUCAGCACUCAUUCCUCGUUCUUUGGUUCAGCAGCUGCGACGCAACAGCACCAUCACCACCACCACCAUCACCAUCAGCAACAGCAGCAACACCAACUGUUGCAGCAGCAGCAGCAGCAGCAGCAGCAGCAGCAACAGCAGCAGCAACAGCAGCAGCCUUCGGUCAAAGUGGAGGCCCAAGAGACUCACCCUGCUACCCUGGAUGACCUCGACAACAUCGGGGUCACCGAACUCAUCCCCAUGACCUCUGACCUGAAGGUGGAGCUGGAGUCUUUAGCUGACCUCGGGUACGAGUCGGGGGGCUCAGUGGGCAGCAACUGGGCCAACGUGGGCAUCUCUUCCACCACUCCCAACGUCCUGGCGGACUUUGAAAUAAUGAACGCCUGGAUAAAUUCCUGAACCACCUGUAUAUAAAGCUAACCCAACUAUUAUUGUCUUUCAAAACGCACGUAUUCUAUGAACUAAAAAAAAAAAAACUAUAAAAAAAUAUAUAAAAUAAAAAAAUAAUAUAAAUUAAAUACUUGCCCUGUU